GGGAAGUUCUGUGUCUGCUUUGCCUCACUCUGACUCCUGGAUGAUCACGCUCACAUUCCUCCACACUCGUCCGUUCAGAAGGGUCCGUCUUCUCCGACUUGUGUCCUCUCUCUGCGGGGUUCCUGGAAGAGCAGCAGGACUCAUCGGCCAUGGGACUCUAAGGCGGGCCUCCUGCUUGGGUGGACUGUGGCUCAUAUGGGGCCAUCCAGAAACCAGAAUGUAAAAUUUCCAAACAGAUUCCGACACCUGGAACACCGAACGGACUUGUGUGUCUCGCCAUGGCAACACGCUGCCUCCUGCUUUUGACCAUCUGCACCGGGAUUCUUCCAGUCAUUGCCAACCAGAGGAUCCCCUUCGACUUGCAGAUGGCGCCAGAGUAUGCUCAUUCCAUCCGUCUCGAUGGGGACAUUGUCCUGGGUGGGCUGUUCCCGGUCCACUCACGAGGUGACCGUGGAACACCCUGUGGCGAACUGAAAAAAGAGAAGGGCAUCCAUCGGCUGGAAGCCAUGAUGUUUGCAAUUGACCUGAUAAACAAGGACCCGGACCUGCUCCCCAACGUCACCCUGGGGGCGCGCAUCCUGGACACCUGCUCUCGGGACACCUACGCACUAGAACAGUCACUCACCUUUGUCCAGGCUCUGAUAGAGCGAGACGGAUCCGACGUCCGUUGUGCCAAUGGCGACGCUCCAAUCUUCACCAAACCAGACAAAAUCGUGGGCGUCAUUGGAGCAGCUGCCAGUUCCGUGUCCAUCAUGGUGGCCAACAUCUUGCGCCUCUUUAAGGUUGUGUACAUGAAUGGGUGUGUGUUGCUGUUUUCUGUGUCUAUAUGUAUUCCUCAGGUCAGCUACGCCUCCACGGCGCCUGAACUCAGUGACAACACUCGCUACGACUUCUUCUCCCGAGUGGUGCCUCCAGACUCCUACCAGGCCCAGGCCAUGAUGGACAUCGUCACGGCCCUGAAGUGGAACUACGUGUCCACGUUAGCAUCUGAGGGAAACUACGGCGAGAGCGGCGUUGAUGCAUUUGUCCAGAUCUCCAGAGAGACAGGUGGGGUUUGUAUCGCUCAGUCACUAAAGAUUCCUCGAGAACCUCGCGCUGGAGAGUUCGACAAGAUCAUCCGAAGGUUGCUGGAGACGUCCAAUGCCCGUGCCGUCAUCAUGUUCGCCAACGAGGACGACAUCCGACGUGUUCUGGAUGCAGCAAAGCGGAACAACCAGACAGGUCAUUUUCUGUGGGUGGGCUCGGACAGCUGGGGAGCCAAGAUCUCCCCAGUGAUUGGUCAGGAAAGAGUGGCUGAGGGAGCCAUCACCAUCCUGCCCAAGAGAGCUUCAGUUGACGCGUUCGACCGUUACUUCCGCAGCCGCUCAUUGUCCAACAAUCGGAGGAACGUUUGGUUUGCCGAGUUCUGGGAAGAGAACUUUAACUGUAAACUGGGGAUGACUGGAAAACGAGCCGGCAGCCUGAAAAAGUGCACAGGUUUGGAGAAGGUGGGCCGUGACUCAAACUACGAGCAGGAAGGGAAGGUCCAGUUCGUGAUGGAUGCCGUUUACGCAAUGGCUCACGCACUGCACAACAUGCACCGACACCUCUGCGACGGUUAUCCAGGGUUGUGCCCGCGCAUGGCUAACAUUGACGGGAAGGAGCUGCUCAGCUACAUCCGAGCCGUUAGCUUCAACGGGAGUGCAGGAACACCAGUGGUCUUCAAUGAGAAUGGAGACGCACCGGGCAGAUACGACAUCUACCAGUACCAGAUGAACAAUCGAUCCAUGGCCGAGUACAGAGUCAUUGGGACCUGGACCAACAGGCUGCACCUCAAGACGGAGGCACUGCGUUGGAGGACCGGUGAUCCAAAACUCCCAGUAUCCGUCUGUAGUGUCCCAUGUCGACCUGGAGAGCGAAAGAAGGUGGUGAAAGGAGUCCCAUGCUGCUGGCACUGUGAGCGUUGUGAGGGCUACCACUUCCAGGCGUCUGAAUUCUCCUGUGAGCUUUGUCCCUACGAGAUGCGGCCCGACGGGAACCGAACUGGCUGCGUUCCCAUCCCAAUUGUCAAACUGGAGUGGGCUUCGCCCUGGGCUGUCUUCCCUGUCUUCAUUGCCAUGCUGGGCAUCAUCGCCACCACCUUUGUCAUUGUCACUUUUGUGCGACACAACGACACGCCGAUCGUACGGGCAUCAGGCCGCGAGAUGAGCUACGUGCUGCUGACGGGAAUCUUUUUGUGCUACGCCAUCACCUUCCUGAUGAUUGCCACGCCAGACGUGGGCGUGUGCUCCUUCAGGAGAAUCUUCCUUGGCCUUGGCAUGUGCUUCAGCUACGCGGCACUGCUCACUAAGACCAACCGCAUCCACCGCAUCUUUGAGCAAGGCAAGAAAUCAGUGACCGCGCCCAGGUUCAUCUCGCCGGCAUCCCAACUGGUCAUCACCUUCACUCUCAUUUCCGUUCAGCUCUUCGGCGUCUUCAUUUGGUUUGCCGUUGACCCACCACAUACGGUGGUGGACUACGGCGAGCAGCGGACGCAGGACCCGAGGUCGGCUCGCGGCGUCCUGAAGUGCGAUAUCUCUGACUUGUCCCUGAUCUGCUCCCUGGGCUACUCCAUCCUGCUGAUGGUGACGUGCACCGUCUACGCCAUCAAGACUCGUGGUGUUCCUGAGACCUUCAACGAAGCCAAGCCCAUUGGCUUCACCAUGUACACCACCUGCAUUGUCUGGCUCGCCUUCAUCCCCAUCUUCUUUGGGACGUCGCAGUCUGCAGAGCGGAUGUACAUCCAGACUACAACGCUGACCGUGUCCCUCAGCCUCUCCGCUUCCGUGUCACUUGGGAUGCUCUACGUGCCGAAGGUCUACGUCAUCCUCUUCCACCCGGAGCAGAACAUCCCCAAACGGAAAAAAAGCUUCAAGGCCAUAGUAACCGCAGCCGCCAUGUCAGGGAAGCUGGGACCGAAGGGCGAGCGACCCAAUGGGGAGGUGAAGACUGAGCUGUGCGAGAGCAUGGAGACCAACGCCUCAUCCACUAAGAUGACUUAUGUCAGCUACAGCAACCACGGCCUCUGAUGCGACCACAUCGUGACGGACGAAGAGUAUGUGCAGGGCCGACCAGCAGGUGGUGCUGCUGGAUUUCGAGCAUGAGACAUUCGGUGUUGUUCUGCAUCAAACCACAGACGGCCAGAGCGGCGGUCGGCGUGCCUGCUUUCCCAUUGCCGCAACUGAUGGUCGACCUACCAGCGGGGACUCAGCAAGACGCUGCAGCGGUCGGAGUAAAAAAAAGAGUGAAAACGACUUGAAGGGCAAAAAGAGAUUCAAAAGAUCGUAGACGUGUGAUGAAUCGUACGAUCAAAGUUGUUUCUCGUUGUGUUUUGUGGUUGUGAUGGUUUCUUCAUCCCUGUCUGUGCGACGGUCGUACACAUGUCUGCGGUCGCCAUGGUAACAGCAUGCCAGCUUUUAUACCGAAGAUUUAUUUAUAAUAAAGGAAUGUUUCG